AUGGCCACUACUGAGGGCCCCGCCAGGGCGCAUGACCGCAAUGGGCGCCGUCGCCCAUUUUCUAGUUGGAUGAAGCGCCUCGCCAAUCUCAAGAGCUCCACCGACUCAGGCAGUACUCGUUGGUCUCACAAACGCCAUGCUGUACCUAAACACAAAAGGAGUCUGAAGAACAACCCCUACCCGCUCUCCGGCACAGUCAACAUCCACGAAUAUAACAGUGACAAUAAUCCAUCCGACUUCAGUGAUAGUAAUGAACAAAGGUCUUGUUCGCAGAGCGAACCGUCUCUGGCGUACUCCGGGUGCGACAAUCAAGUGCCAGCGACCAGUGCAAAGUCUACCGCGCCAACUAUCUCUACAAACGGUGACACGGCGAUCUCGGAUGCUGCAUAUUCUAAGGCCGGGACAAUGGCAACCGUGGGCGGCGGGAUCAGUUCACAUGGAGGAGGUGAAGGAAGUACCUUCUCCUCCCCAGCACCGUCAGUACGGUCGCUAACCACCACUUUAACCACCGUGCAAUCGGCGGCACCUUCCGGUCAUCUUUAUAACACGCAGAAUACGCAACACGGUAUACACCAUACAAGCUCGAUCAAUAGCACUGCGACACAACAAGUGCAGUUUUCACAUCAAUUUCCUCCAUCUCCGGCUACUGCAGUACCGCCCCACCUUGCCCCUCAAGGCCACUCCGUUACGUACAGUACUGCGACUGCAAAUAACCUUUUGACUGACAACGCCUCCAUUCUCACACUGGCAUCUUCCUCCAAGAGACGUCGACGGAACUCACUGGAUACCAACGCCUCAAUACGUGCCCUCGCCCCGUCGAGUGUUUUCGGUGGUAGCCGGGAAAGUCUGCCCUUAAGCGUACUGAGCGGAAAUGUGGGAGAACCGUCGAAUGCAUCCACAUUCAACGCCCCCGGAGUCCUCAACCGACCGAGUAUAGUUGGCCUAGCUAGUGCAGAGCGGAUCAGCAUUUAUUCAGCCUCUGGCGCAACACCUAUAAGCGGAGGCGGUGAGCGCGGCAGCCUGUAUACGAACAAACCAAGCCCGGGCGUUGGGGAUGGUGCCAGUUUUGUGAGUGCGGGCCAGUCACAUAGUCGGCAUGACAGUAACGCGGCGAGUAUCUCCGGUGUUACUGGGACCAUGGCCAAUGCGAUAUCAACCGGGCGUAUCAGCCGCCGAGGUUCAGGAUGGGGAGAAAUUACGGGCGAUGAAAGUGACGAGGAGAAGCCGAGAGACCGAAAGGAGGACGAAGAGCUUGAGACCAAGAAGGGCUAG